UUUAUCUUGAGCCCUUGAACUGACAUAUAAAUGCAAAACAUAUUUUUGAGGUGUCGAGCGAGCAUUGGAUCAGAUAUUGAGCGUUUUAGAAUAUAUGAGAUUCGUGAAAACUGAAUAAAUCAAAAAUAUAAUUCGAUUUCUUGAGAAUAAUUAUUAACAUCAAUGCAGUUCAACUAUGAGUAAUGUGUCAUCAGUUCAAGAACGGCUUCAGCUGAAGCGCGUUCCACUAGACAAGUGGUCGAUUAAAGAGAAGCUAUGCUUAGCAUCGGCGGUGGCUUGCAGUGGAGACCAAAACUGGAUGUCCGUCAGUCGGUCACUGAAGAUGCUCUGUGGUGCAAAUCGACCGGGUGAUUGGUUCUCUCAAAAAUCCUGCGCUGCUCAGUAUGGUAAACUAUUGGAGAACGUAGAGACACCAAAACGGAAGAAACGAACGGCCUCUGAACGCGACGGUGUAUCGGCAGUAGAAACUCCCGGUGAAUCAAUCCUCAGAAAAUUAACACAGGAAAGGAUAAUAGAGCUGAAAAAAAUCAUUCAAGAUGAGGCUCAGCAGUAUACCAAGGUAAAGGAAGAUAUUAUUUUGAUUCAAAGUGGCGUUACUGAUGAGAAAAAACUACGUGAAAUGUGGAAGCAGAUAGAAACAGAAAAAGCCCAAAAGGAGAAGGAACAGGUUUUGCAUGCACAGUGGCUGAAAGAACGUGAGGAGAAAAAACUCGAACUUGAACGACAGUGGAGGCCAAUGUUUCCUAGCUCGCCAAGCGCCAACAAGGGCUCCGGCACUAUCAUAAAGAUUAAAGAAGAAAUCGACGAAGAUAGUCAAAGCUCGCCCAAAUCUGGUACGUCGCCUUUGCUAACAUCUUUACUGAAAAGUCCCACAGCUAGUUCGUCGAAUAACCCUUUGCUUCAAACUCCAAGAUCUGCUUCUUCGCCAACAAUAACAAACUUGUUAACAGGAAAUUCUCCUAUUACUAUGAACAUUCAAGGCAAAAACCUUUUCCCAACGACUAAUGUCGUAUCAAACCAACAGUCUCAAAACAGUCCACUUAAAGCACAGACACUGGAAGAAAACAAGUCGAACAUUCAGGAAUCUUCGUAUCGGACCGCUCCAAAUCUUACAAAGCUUUUGGAUACUAAAAAUCAAGAAAAUGAAUCAGAAAAUUUGAUGACAUCGACUAGCAAUUCUAAAGAUUUGCUACAGGAGGAACAAUCGACGGAAAAGUCUGAAGAUAUGGAAAUUGAUUCUGACAAUGUUGAUCCAGCUAAAGAUUUGAUGGCCGUUUUUCAAGAGCUCAUGCCAGAAGAAUUAGACGACAUUCUUAACGAGAAUGAUGGCAUGAUACUCGAGGAUGAAAUACUUGAAAACGUCGUUGACUCUAUAAUGGAAGAUGAUGCAGAAUCAACAAAGGGAAAAGAUUUGAAUGUUUUAGAAGCUACGAGCAAUGCUUCUAGUUUUGUAGAGGAACAAAAACAUGAUACACCCGUUCCAAAAAACGAGUCAACUUCCCCUGAGAUCGUAGAAGAGACCUGUUUGAAACUAGCAACAGCAGAGUCUCCCCCACCUGUAGUGGUCGCUGAAAGUCCAAUUGCACUCCCACAGGAAGAGGUCGUAAAAUCUGCUGAUAUAUCAGAUAAGGUGGUCGAUACUCAGGAAAAAGAAAGUAAUCAGUGUGAAGAGGGUAUUGCGCAAAACGAAACGCAAUCUGUUACAAAGGAUAAUGAGCCGAAUGCAACAGAUGAUGGCAGUAAUAGUACUACCGAUACAGACCUGGCAGUAAGCAAGGACAACGCAGAAGAACCCAAACCGACGAUUGAUUCAGGGGUUACCGACAUGGCUAACGUUGACGAGAGUUCAAAUAUCUCAAAAGAGGAAGCAGACGACAAUUCUGAAGAUAAACCACUAGCGUCCUUAGACCUAAAUUUAUUGAGUACGAAAACAAUUGAAGUCAAAUCCGAAGAAUCAAUGGAUAUUAAAGAGGAGUGUUCUGAGUCAGCUCUGAGCGAUUGCAAACCAGUUCCUUCAGCACAAGACAACACGCCACAUGAAAUACAAAAAAAUCUGUCUGAUGAGGAGGAGGCCGCCCGGGCAAAGAAGGAAGCUCUAGAAAAACUGGCUGCAGAAUACGAUUUCAAAGAUGAUGAAGAACCAAUCGUUCCACUUUCGAUUCAAAAAUCAAAAGAUGAAAAACAUGUCCAGGAUGAAGAUGUAUUUAUGGAUGCACAAGAACAUCUCGAUGAGCCCGAAGAGCAAAAAGAAAGUAACCUGAAAAAAAUUGAAGAACCAGUAGUUGCUAUCACUGAUACUGAUGACGAUUCUUUGAUCGAGAUGAAAAUAUCUAAAACGAAGCGAGAUUACUCCCGACGUCGACCGGUGGAAGAUUCUUCAAAACCUAAAGAUGAACAGCAGAGCACACCAAAAAGUGAUGAAAUCGAAGGUAGGACUCUACGUAAAUUACGUGACCGUGAUCGCUCCGAAAGUCCAUUUAUUCUGCUCGAUGACGACGUCAACGAUAAAAUGAAACGAAGCUAUUCCUCGACUCCGGUUAUGGAUUCUAUUCCUAGUUCCCCAGCUUCUAGUGAAGAUCGAGACUAUCGGGCGUGGAAGAAAGCGAUUCUUUCUAUUCAUUCGAAGAUAUCAUCGCUCCGGUAUGCAUCUGCUUUUUUGAAACCGCUGCCAGAAGAACAUGUAACCGAUUUGAUUUAUAAGCCAAUGGAUCUAUCCAAAAUCAAACGAAACAUUGAAAAUGGCAACAUUCGGACCACGGCUGAAUACCAGCGGGACAUCAUGCUAGUGUGUACCAAUGCAAUCAUACUAAAUCGAGUUGAACUCUGCUCACCCACGGCAGCACGCGUUCUUCUUAAGGAGUCUGUUGCACUAAUUGACGCAACCAUGGAGGUAGGUAGGCAAUCGCGGGACAAAGGAACAGAGCACCGCAGUGAAAGUGGAAACAAACGCAGCUCUCGAAAGGGAACCACCAGAAGUUCAACGUCGAUUACUCGAAACUGAGAAUACUAAUGUACGCCAUUGAUGGUAGAAUACAUGUAGCUUGUAGAAUAAAUGA